CCAAUGAAUCUUGUCUUCCCAUGGUCGGUUGACGAUUGAAAGAAAAUCCGUGGCAGCAAGAUGGAUUUUCCUAUGACAGUGAUGAGCUGAAAGAUGCGACAUGCUUUCUCUGUGGCCGACGCAGUAUAGCUUUGGGCAAUAAGCCUAGCUUGUGCAGAUAACAUCAGUGUUACAGUGCAGACAUGGGGCACUCCAGAAUGCAGAUUCGCUGAAGCUGCCCACUGGGAUCACAUUUUCCUUACAUUUAAAUCACAAUCACAAGAUAAAUGGGUUUUGGACAUUGUAUCAAGAUCAUAAAUACAAUCUCUAGUGGUCUCUGAGAACAGAAGAUGAUGUUGUCUGCGAGCAGUGAGAUAUUUCAAUCUCUUUGUCAUCAGAGAAAUGAUGAAGAAGCUGUGGUGGACAGAGGGGGUACGCGAUCUUUGCUCAAAACACACUUUGAAAAAGAGGACUUAGAAGGUCACCGAACAUUGUUCAUUGGUGUACAUGUACCACUUGGAGGGAGAAAAAGCCAUCGUCGCCAUCGACAUCGCGGACACAAACACAAGAAAAGAGAUCGGGAACGUGACUCAGGAUUAGAUGAUGGACGAGAAUCUCCAACAUAUGAUACUCCCUCGCAAAGAGUCCAGUUUAUACUUGGAACAGAGGAUGAUGAUGAAGAACACAUUCCACAUGAUCUCUUCACGGAACUUGAUGAAAUUUGCUUACGUGAAGGUGAUGAUGCUGAGUGGAGAGAGAUGGCGAGGUGGCUGAAGUUUGAAGAAGAUGUUGAAGACGGUGGGGAAAGAUGGAGUAAACCCUAUGUGGCUACGUUGUCACUUCAUAGCUUGUUUGAGUUAAGAAGUUGUAUCCUGCAUGGAACUGUUCUAUUGGACAUGAGAGCCAGCACGCUAGAGGAAAUUGCAGAUAUGAUCCUUGAUCAGCAAGUAGCUUCCGGUCAACUGAGUGAUGAUGUCCGUCACCGAGUUCACGAAGCAUUAUUGAAACAACACCACCAUCAAAAUCAAAAGAAGCUGAGCAACAGGAUCCCAAUAGUGCGUUCCUUUGCUGAUAUUGGAAAAAAGCAGUCAGAGCCCCAUUCUAUGGAUAAAAAUGCAGGCCAACUUGUAUCUCCUCAAAGUGUUCCCUCCUGCACUGAAAACAAGAAUGAUGUCAGUAGAGAAAACAGCAGUCUUGAUGUUACUAAGUUUGACCUACAUUUUAUGAAAAAAAUUCCACCAGGAGCUGAAGCUUCAAACAUCCUCGUUGGUGAACUUGAAUUUUUAGAUCGUGCAGUUGUUGCGUUUGUAAGGUUGUCUCCUGCAGUCCUUUUAUCAGGUCUUACAGAAGUUCCCAUUCCAUCCAGGUUUCUGUUUGUUCUUUUGGGGCCGCUUGGAAAGGGGCAGCAAUAUCAUGAGAUUGGGAGAUCAAUUGCGACUCUAAUGACAGAUGAGGUAUUCCAUGAUGUUGCUUACAAAGCUAAAGAUCGGAAUGACUUGGUCUCUGGAAUAGAUGAGUUCCUUGAUCAGGUUACAGUACUGCCACCUGGAGAGUGGGACCCUUCGAUUCGCAUUGAACCUCCAAAAAAUGUUCCAUCACAGGAGAAGCGUAAAACUCCAGGAGUUCCAAAUGGAACAGCGGGACUUGGUGACGCAGAGGAACAUGAGGGGCAUAGUGGACCUGAGCUGCAAAGAACAGGAAGGUUCUUUGGUGGCCUGGUUUUAGAUGUCAAGAGGAAGGCACCUUUCUACUGGAGUGACUUCAGGGACGCCUUUAGCUUGCAGUGUUUGGCAUCAUUUCUCUUUCUUUACUGUGCUUGUAUGUCUCCUGUUAUCACUUUUGGAGGUCUUCUAGGAGAGGCAACUGAAGGUCGUAUAAGUGCUAUAGAGUCACUGUUUGGAGCUUCAAUGACUGGGAUAGCCUUUUCUUUGUUUGGUGGCCAGCCCCUUACAAUUUUGGGAAGUACAGGACCAGUUCUGGUGUUCGAAAAAAUAUUAUUCAAAUUUUGCAAGGACUAUGGGCUGUCGUACCUCUCUUUAAGAGCCAGUAUAGGUCUUUGGACUGCCUUUAAUUGCAUAGUAUUGGUUGCCACGGAUGCAAGUUCCCUUGUGUGUUACAUUACGCGGUUUACCGAGGAAGCGUUUGCGGCUCUCAUCUGCAUCAUUUUCAUUUACGAGGCCUUAGAAAAGCUCUUUCAACUAGGUGAGAAACAUCCAAUCAACAUGAAUAAUAAUUUGGAACUUCUAACACAGUAUUCGUGUAGUUGCACGGAGCCACUUAACCCCACAAAUGAAACCAUGAAUUAUUGGAGGGACAUAAAUAAAACUGCAUCAGAAAUUUCUUGGGAAAACCUCACUGUCCAUGAUUGCCAUGAGUACAAAGGAGUUUUUGUUGGAAGAGCCUGUGGACAUGAAGGCCCUUAUGCUCCAGACGUUCUGUUCUGGUCAAUCAUCUUGUUCUUUACAACUGUUACACUAUCAUCAACACUGAAGCAAUUCAAAUUUAGUCGUUAUUUUCCAACAAAGGUGCGAUCUAUUAUCAGUGACUUUGCUGUCUUUUUAACUAUCAUGACUAUGGUUAUACUUGAUUAUUGUAUUGGAAUUCCAUCUCCAAAACUUCAGGUGCCCAGUGACUUCAAGCCCACUAGAGAUGAUCGUGGGUGGCUCGUCAAUCCUUUAGGACCAAAUCCUUGGUGGACCAUAGUUGCUGCUAUCAUUCCAUCCCUGCUGUGUACCAUUCUUAUAUUUAUGGACCAACAGAUCACUGCUGUCAUUAUCAACAGAAAAGAGCACAAGUUGAAGAAAGGCUGUGGUUAUCACCUUGAUCUUCUCAUGGUCGGACUCAUGCUUGGUGUUUGUUCAGUCAUGGGCCUACCAUGGUUUGUGGCUGCCACUGUUCUCUCCAUUACUCAUGUGAACAGCCUAAAGUUAGAAUCGGAAUGUUCGGCACCAGGAGAACAGCCCAAAUUUUUGGGAAUCCGUGAACAAAGGGUUACUGGACUUAUGAUUUUUGUUCUCAUGGGUUCAUCUGUCUUCAUGACAAGGGUUCUUCAGUUUAUUCCUAUGCCAGUCCUUUAUGGAGUGUUUCUUUACAUGGGAGCUUCAUCACUAAAGGGAAUCCAGUUCUUUGAUCGGAUCCUGCUUUUCUGGAUGCCAGCCAAGCACCAGCCGGACUUCAUCUACCUACGGCAUGUUCCUCUUCGCAAAGUCCAUCUCUUCACUGUUAUCCAGCUGAGCUGUCUCGUGUUAUUGUGGGUGAUUAAGGCAUCUCGUGCUGCCAUCGUUUUUCCAAUGAUGGUAUUAGCUUUGGUAUUCGUUAGGAAACUCAUGGAUUUUUUUUUCCACAAACGGGACCUAAGCUGGUUAGAUGAUUUAAUGCCUGAAAGUAAGAAAAAGAAAUUGGAAGAUGCUGAAAAAGAGGAAGAACAAAGCAUGCUUGUAUUGGAAGAUGAAGGAACUGUCCAGUUACCAAUGGAAGGGAAUUGCAGAGAGGAUCCUUCAAUAAUAAACAUUUCUGAUGAAAUGGCUAAAACCUCUGUGUGGAAGACUCUGCUAAUAACUUCAGAAAAUUCAAAGACUAAGGAACCAAGCUUAUCUUCUAAAAGCUCCCCCUCCUAAUCACUGUAGGAGCUGAUCCCUAAAGUUCUGAAAAGAAGGAAGAGAAGACCAUUGCCUCAGGGAAAGGUAUCGACAGGGAGACAUGUCUCUGACUUGCUCUUCGACCUAUUUUUACAUGCAGAUGAGAAGAACAAUCUUGUUGAUCUCAAUGGGUUAUCUAUAAAUUGUCAUAUUUGUUAGCAGUGCAAUAUUAUUUUUUUAACAGGUCCACCAGCCCUUUACUGUCAGCAAUAAAGUCUUUCUGAUUGUGGGGGCAUUUCAUCAAUGUCAUUUUAUUUUAGCAUACUAUUGCUUAAGCACAAAUCUUUGCUUUGUUUACCUGACAUCCAUUGCAACUGUUCAUAUCAGGUUACCUAUUGCUCUGGUGAUGGAGUCUGGGUGGGAUUUUACAUGACUUGUUCUAAGUGUUUGGUUAGGGGACUAGAGUCACCAAAACAACUUUAGCUUAAGCUUGAAGUAUUUUUUGUGUAUAGUUCAUGCCCCUGCAGUCUCACUGUUAAAUCACUUUGAUUAUACUGCUGUAGCCACACCUCCAUGCAUGUAGCAUGCACAGCCUUUCUAAAUACUUCCUGUAAUGUGAGAGUUAAUGUUAUUUUUCUUCCUUGCACUGCACAGUCUGUUUAAUUUAGAAUUUCUUAUCUUUUGCACACUUAAUAUCUUGAUAGUGAUAAAAGUUCAAUUUAUAGAGCAGGGAAUAAAAACAUCUAAAGUAAGUCAACAUCUGGUUGCAUAUGAAACCAUUUUGUCAUGUAGGCUGGAGAGGUGGGUCUAGGGCCAAAUGCACAAUCACAAAAGUUGUUAUUUAACUCCUAAAUGAGCAGUGAGACUGAAGGGACAUGAUUUAUACACUAAAACGGCUUCAUUAAGCUAAAGUUGUUUUGUUGACUAUAGUUUCCCUUUAAAGCUGCCAGCUGGGAUAUUUAUAAUGGACAUUAGUAACACCUUGAUACCCAUAACACAUGAAUACUUAAUGGACUCCACCAUUAGCACUUAAAGUUUCUUAAGCUCCACAUGAACCAUUGGCAAUCUCUCUGUCAUGCUUAGUCAUCCACUGGCUUUGAUAACCAUUGUAGUUCACAGUAACUAUAGUGCAGUACAUUGCCAAUUUAUGUCCCUUAAUAAAAGCCGGUUCAUCCGCCAUUCUACAAAGCCAAAUUUUAUUAUUUCACAUGAUCUUCUAAAUUCAUUGUUACGUGUAUACUUUUUGUUAUGAUGGCACAUAUUUUAGUCAGUGACCUUGUUCAUUUUCUAUACCUGGGAACAAGCUCCUUUUAAAACUGUAGAAGGAUUCUCUUCUCCAAAUAAAGCUUGGUAUCACACUUUUUAAAUUCGAAAAUAGCAAUUGCAGAAUAUAUUAUUUAUUUUUCUUUUUUGUUGUCUAUAUGUAAUAACAUAUAUUGUUACUUGCUAUAUUUUCUAAUAACUUUAAAGACAGUUAAGAAACUAGAUGCUAGAUAUGUUUUAUGUGUACGUAAGAGACAUACGCUCUUAUCUGUAAAUAAUCUGUGAAUCAUGGUGUAAAAGUUCUAUUUGUCUACCAAACAUGAACAUUUUUAGGAGUCUGUACAACUCCAAACCUCAAUGUCAUGCCCAUUCCUGCUCUACAUACUUUAUUUUCGCAGUAUCUAUGAUUACUAAAGGAGAUGUGUAUUACCCCAACAUUGUCAAUGAUUUUACCUUUAGUAAAGUUUACUGGAUCUGCUAUUCUAGGGGGUUAAGGUAAUUGUUGAUGAAUUACAACAUCUGUGAUUUGGGGAGUUCGAAUUAAUCCACAAUUGAAGCAAGCUAGCUUGACUUUUGUUGUUUGAGGCAUAUAAUUCAUAACUCUUCCUCAAAACUGAUGUUUGGCCUCAGUAAAAACAUGAAAACACACCAGUUCAGGAAACAACUGGCAUGAAAUCACCUUAAAUCGACAGGGGUUGUGGGGGG